GUAUAGCCGACUGUGUGCUUAACUAGAGACCCUGCUACUCUCGUUGCUUGCUUUUCAAAGGGUUGUUGUUAUAGAAACACAACUAUGAGUGACAGCUCUGAACAACGUUUCUCUCAAAAGUAGGAAGUCACGUUUCAGGAAAAUCUUCUGGUGUCCCAGAGAAAGUAAAAAUACUCUGGAGGCUCAAGGAUGGAGUCUUCCCUGGAAGAUUGGGUUUUCUGACACAGAUAACAACAUCGCUGUCUUUUUUAACGCGAAGGAAAUGGGUUGUGGCUCGAGUAAAUUGGAAAACAUACCGGGUGAUGUAAACAGUCACUCACAACCGCCAGCGAUAGAUGGAGGCACUUCCAAUUUUCAACCUGCCACUUGCGAAAAAAAUUCAGAAAAGCCAUCUGAUGGUGUCUCUCAAGACACAAAAGUAGUCAGAACCAGUGUGAAGUCAGCUGAGCAGCGAGACAACUGUGAUGGGACAAAAACAGCAACCAAGUCAAAACAGGUGACCAUUUUGCAUUUCAAUGAUGUCUACAACAUCGAGCCACGGGACAAGGAGCCGGUUGGUGGUGCAGCUCGGUUUGCCACCAAAGUAGCAAGUUUUAAACAUUUGAACCCAUUAAUUGCGUUCAGCGGGGAUUGUUUAAAUCCUUCAACAAUGAGUAGUGUGACUGGUGGCAAACAAAUGAUCCCAAUUCUGAAUGCACUGAAUGUCCAUGUGGCUGUGUUUGGAAAUCACGACUUUGAUUUUGGUGUUGACGAGUUGAUGGAGUUUAGUGCUGCUACCAAUUGUCCGUGGCUUCUCAGCAAUGUGAUUGACAAUGUGACUGGUAAACAGCUUGCUGGUGGUAUAAUCAAGCAUAUAAUAGAGUGGAGAGAAAAAAAGAUUGGUUUUAUUGGCUUAGUGGAAGAAGAGUGGCUUGUUACCUUGGCAACAGUUGACAGGGAAGAAGUCACCUACUUUGAUUUUGUAACAGAAGGCACAAAAUUAGCAAAAGAACUAAGACAAGAGGGAGCAGAGUUUGUUGUAGCCUUGACUCACAUGCGAGAACCAAAUGAUCGUCGUCUGGCAGAGCAAGUGACUGGCAUAGAUCUUAUUUUGGGUGGUCAUGAUCAUGAUUACUUUGCUGAGAAGAUCAAUGGCAUUCAUGUCAUCAAGAGUGGAACAGACUUCAGAGAAUUUAGUAUAAUUACUGUCACCUUUGAGGACAACAACAACAGAAGUAGCAGCAACAAUUCUUUUUCAAUAGAAGUUCAAAGAAUAGAAAUCACAAGUGAUAUACCAGAAGACACAGAAGUAAAAUCCACUGUUGAUAAAUAUGUUGGGGAGAUGAACAACUUGAUGGAGGAAGUCAUUGGUGAAGUGCAACUGGAGCUUGAUGGAAGGUUUUCCAGUAUGAGAACAAAGGAGACCAAUCUGGGAAACUUUAUAACAGAUAUCAUACAAAAUGUUACUGAAGUGGACUGUGUUAUCCUCAAUUCUGGCACCCUCCGAUCAGAUACCAUUCAUCCCCCUGGAAAGUUCAAAAUGAAGGACCUCUCAGCCAUCCUUCCCAUGCCUGAUGUGUUGGUGGUGCUUGAAUUGACAGGUGAUCAGAUCUUAGAGGCACUAGAAAAUGGGGUCAGUCAGUGGCCCAAACUUGAAGGAAGAUUUCCUCAGGUGGCAGGAAUGAAAUUUUCCUUUAACCCUGACAAAGAUCCUGGAUGCAGAAUACUGGAGGACUCUGUGAGCAUAGACAAUGAGCCACUUGUCAAAGAUAAGAGAUACAAAGUAUGUACAAAGUCGUAUCUUGCAAAGGGUAAAGAUGGCUAUCGAGUAUUUAGCAAGGGCAAAGUUCUGGUUGAUGAAGAGGAUGGUCCAAUUUUAAACACAAUUGUCAGGAACCAUUUUCGCUCUAUCAACAUUGUGAGAGGUGUCACGAAAUCAAAAUCCUCUCACAGACAAAGUUUAGUUAUGCAAGGUAAAGACCCAUUAAUCAGCAGUGAUGAAGUGAAAGAUAAUGGCUGUGGUGCAAUUCAACAAGUCAGCUGGCGGCAUAGAUCAUCUGAAAUAAUUGAUGACGGAAAUCAAAAAUCAUCUCUUAUUAGUCUGGAAAAAGAGCAUAUCAGCAUUUCACCCAAGGUGGAAGGAAGAAUUACCAUGGUUACAGAGGCAGAUGAGGAAGAAAAAAGUGAUUCUUUAGAACCCAUAGAGUCUCAUCUAAAUGGACCAGAAGUGGAAAAGACAGAUCAAGACCAAGAUGUGGAAAAUAGCACACGAGUUGCAUUGGAAACUCGCAAGAACCAAAAUGUGGACUAUGUUGAUACAUCAGAUAAAACUCAACCAGUUGAAAAUGUUACAGUUACUGUAGAGACUUUACUUGACAAUUCAAUGGACAAACUAAAUAAUGAUCUGAAUGAGGACAUCAUUAGCAGAAACGUUCAAAACAGAGCUGAUAGUCAAACAAAAGAGAUCAAACAGCACGAAGAAGAAGGCAAUGAAGAUCAGCUUUUGACAGCUAAGGUUAAACCUGGAAAACCUGAGCAAAGGAUAGGCAAUUCUUUGGGACCAGAUAUGGCAACAGAGGAUGAGUACUGGGAUUUGUGGGAGGCAGUAAAAGCAGAUGACAUUGAUGUGGUGGAAAAUCUUCGCAAAGAGAAGAACAUCAGAUUUACCCGCUGUCAGGAUAACAAAACCAUUCUUCAUCUUGGAGCAGAGCGAAAUGCAGUCAAGGUGGUCAAGUACUUGCUGACUGAUGGAAAAAUGGAUCCAAAUGUCAAAGAUGAAAUAUUACAGGGGGUCCCUCUCCAUGGUGCAGCAGAAUAUGGAUCAACUGAUGCUGCCAGGGUUCUUUUAGAGCAUGGAGCAGAGAUCAACAGGCAAGACCUGAUUGGGAAUACAGCAUUACAUAUUGCUUGUGAACAUGAACAGGGUAAAAUUAAAACAUUCCUUAUCGAUCAAGGUGCUGAUAAAACUAUAAAAAACUCAGAUGGAGAAACCCCUGCAAAUUAUUAAAUGUUUAUUUUUUGUUGUUGACUUAAAUGCAGAAAUAGCAGAUUGCUUGUGAAAAUGUAUGCAAAAUCACUCAAGUCUCUCUUUGAUGCACGACUCAUCAUAAUUUUAUUGGGAUAAAUUAAGAGUUUAUGGCUAUGUCUUAACAUUCUUUGUUGGGAAAAUAAAACAAAAAAGAUUUGACUGAAAAGAAAUUAAACAAAAGCUAUAAAUGGUGGUUUAGUUAUUAUCCUAGGUUAAUGUUUUUUUACCAUCAACUUUCUUAGCUUUCUCUGUAAUUAUCUUUCCAGGGAUAAGAAAAGUAUUUUGGGGGAGCUGGUGCAAUUAUAAAUUAUUUUAACUAGCAUAGUGAAAAUUAAUUACUGUUAAUUAGUGUAUACCACACAGUUGAAUAGUGCUUUUUGCACGUUUUUAGCUAUUGGGGAAGUGAUCAGCAAGUUCUGUUUACCUCCACGCAGUGAAAGAGACAAAAUGGUCUGUCAAGAGUUAAAUAUUUAUCGAUUUUUUGGUACAAUGACAGAAAUAAACUAUUUUUAUGGUUUUUUUAUGUGGUAUAUGUCAAAACAAGUAUUUACCUCAGUGUUUGUAAAGAUGUGGAUGUUAACCUAUAGAUAUUUUUAAAGUAAAAUAUGGAAAUUUGUAUUUAUAAAUUUGUAUUUAUAAUUAUGUUUGUAUUUAGAAAAAAAGAUCGUUCUUUGGUGGUAAGAUUUUGUAAUAUUUGUGUGAAGGGAGUCUUGAAGAAGUUAUUAUUAGAUGAGUACUAUUUUGUGAUGUGCUGAAAUGAUGAAAAUUUUCUUGUUUAAUAGUUUCAGUAAAAUUGACACCUCGAAGAACAUUGUGAUGUGAAGUGUAUAAUAAAUUGUAAACAAAUAGA